CUUGAUUGCUUUUUGUGAGUAGAGCUUUAAAUAACUGAGAUGAUCAAUUGCGAAAUGUACCCCGCAUUACAUAGCUAAACUACCCCGCGGUGUCGUAUCUUUUGCUUGAUCCCAGCAUCUUCACCGACCUCCCUCUCCAUCUACAGCUUGUCAUCGCAUCAUGUCUAUCAACAAAGUCCUCCUCGUCGGCGCGAACGGCAAUCUAGGCUCAGUCCUUCUUGAGGGUCUGGUCGCCUCAAACUCCUUCUCCGUUUCCGUUGCCAAGCGCGCAUCGUCCAAAUCUACACCUGCGCACGCAUCCUCUGUAAACAUCGUCACGAUCCCCGAUGACCUUGCCGUUGAAGGUUUAAUUCCAAUCCUGAAAGACCAAGAUGCUGUUAUCGCUUCUUUCCCCUUAACAGGCGUCGUUGACCAGCAUUUACGUCUUGCUGAAGCCUCUGCGAAGGCUGGUGUCAAGAGGUUCAUUCCAGCUGAUUUUGGGAGCUGUGACGCGCAGAGUGAACAGGCGAAGAAGCUGUUGAAGUUAUAUCGUGACAAGGAUACUGUAAGGAGCAAAGCUGUCGAGCUUGCGAAGGAAUAUCCUAGUUUCUCGUGGACGUCGCUUGUGUGUGGGCAUUUCUUCGAUUAUGGUAUUCUCGAUGGUCUGCUACAUACGGAUCUUGAGACCAACACCGCUGUCAUCCUCGACAAGGGCGAUGUCCCAGCUUCAGCAUCUACACUCCACCGCGUCGCCGAAGCGUUAGUCGCCGUUCUCAAGCGUCCCGAUUCGACAAAGAACCGUCUUCUCUACGUCCAAAGUUUCUGCAAGACACAACUUGAGGUUGUAGCAGCACUGGAGAAAGCUACAGGCGUAGAGUGGAAGAAGGAGUUUGUGGAUUCGAAGGCGUUCUUGGAGAGGGAGGUUAAUAAGCUAGCGGUGGAGUACAGUCAUCAUGCGAUGGAGGAGAUUGUAUUUGUGCUGGGAGCGCUGGAUGCUGAGUGGCCGAAGCGGGGAGAUGCGUUUGCGAUGAAGGAGUUGGGAUUGGAGGAUGAGGAUCUUGAUAAGGUUGUCCAGAAGGUUGUUGAUGAGUGGAAGAGGGAGAAGGAGGAGAAGAAGUGAGCAUGUUAGACGUUGGCAUAUACCAAAAGGCUUUAGAAGGUUAGGACUUGCCUCGACGGCUGGUUUGCAUUUCUUGUGAAGGCCCAUGAUAGAUCAUGACAAUCAGAAGCAUUGACUUCGUUGUGUGCAGUGUUGAUCUCACCACUCUAUCUGCAAGGUGUACGUUGUGCUACCCUCUGCCACGAAAAGAUGGCCUCAUUCAGUCUUACUGCCAUAGUAUCGACAAAGUAGCUCUACAGCGGACAACGGCUCACGUAGAGUGCCCAAAC